AUGGCGACGACGGACGAGUUUCCUCGCGGGUUGCACGCACAGGCGCUGAGCACGGUAGCCGAGGACGGAGGAGCGACCACGCCGAGUCACGGGGGCACUGUGAACGCGGGGCACGAGUACGACAUGGCGAUAUCUCCUGCGCAAGAGGCGGCGGUGGCGGUGGCCGCACCUGCAGCAACUCCGCGGACGAGGAGUGUUAACCCCGCGGCGAUUGCGGCUCGGCGACCGGUGUCGAUGCCACCGCAGACGUCGGCACAGGCAGCAGCGAUCCAGGAGCGGAUGUCGGUGGAUGAGAACAGAGAGAGGGAAAAGGAGUCCAAGCGAGCAAAGAGCCAGGAAAAGAGCCGAGGCCGAGUACUGGGAGACUAUGUGCUGACCAAGACGCUGGGCGCGGGGAGCAUGGGCAAGGUCAAGUUGGCCGUCCACACCCCGACGGGCCAGAAGCUCGCAAUCAAGAUUGUGCCCCGCGUGUCCACACACAGCUCCUCGACGCCCAUGACCGCCUCCCAAUUGGCAAAAGCACAGGCCAAAGACGCGAGCAAGGAGAUUCGCCACAUCCGCGAGGCUGCCCUCUCCAUGCUGCUCUAUCAUCCUUAUAUCUGCGGCAUGCGCGAAAUCAUCACUCAUCCCGGCCACUACUACAUGGUCUCCGAAUACGUCGACGGUGGCCAAAUGUUGGAUUACAUCAUUUCCCACGGCAGACUCAGGGAACGCGCCGCUCGCAAGUUUGCCCGCCAGAUCGGUUCCGCCUUGGAGUACUGUCACAAGAACAACGUUGUCCAUCGCGAUCUCAAGAUUGAGAACAUCUUGAUCUCCCAUACUGGCAAUAUCAAGAUUAUCGAUUUUGGUUUGAGUAACUUGUUCAACCCCGAGGAUCACCUCUCCACGUUCUGUGGUAGUCUAUACUUUGCCGCCCCCGAGCUGCUCAACGCCAAGGUCUACACUGGUCCCGAGGUCGAUGUAUGGUCAUUUGGAGUCGUCUUGUACGUACUCGUUUGCGGCAAGGUCCCCUUUGAUGACCAGUCCAUGCCGGCACUCCAUGCCAAGAUCAAGCGGGGUCUGUUUGACUCGCCAAUGUGGUUGUCUCAAGAAUGCAAACACAUCCUGUCUCGUAUGCUGGUCACCAAUCCCGCCGCUCGAGCCCCGCUUUCCGAAGUUCUUAGCCACCCAUGGAUGAUUCGCUCUUAUGGACACGCUCCAGAUCCCCAUCUCCUCGCCCGCGAACCACUUUCGGCAUCCGAACUCGACCCAGCCGUGAUUCGCGAAAUGACCGGAUUCGAAUUUGGCACUCCCGAACAAAUCCACGCCAACCUCGUCGAAGUCCUCAAGAGCGAGCGGUACAAGGUCGCAGUCGAGCGAUGGCGCCGCCAAAAAGCCGGCGAGAGCGGAAGCUCCCUGGGCCUCGAGUCCACCCCGGCCGCGACGACCUUGUCCGUGCCCUCGACGGUGGGAUCUGGAUCCGGGACCGAACCCUCGACGCCCAAGUCGCGCAGCAAGCGGUUCUCCGGGUUCGACUUUUACCGCAAAAAGUUCCUCUCGUCGCCCCCUCCCCCGACUGUCCCCCCGCCCCCGGUCAUCCCGCAAGACACGCCGCCGACGGUCGAGCAGCCCGACCCGACGCGUGGUUUCCACCCGCUCAUUUCGAUUUAUUAUCUUGUUCGGGAACGAAUGGAACGCGAGCGGGUGUACGGGCCUGGUAAAUUCGCCUCGUCGCAGCUUUCCCUGGGAGCCGAGGACCCUGUACCGUCGACUUCGACACCCACGACGGCAGCGACGGCGACGAGCAAGUACGCCCAGCCCGUCCCGCGUCUCGCUGCUCCACCCGCAUCGCACUUUUCGGGCACGUCCUACGAUGCAGGUCCUGUUCCGUCUACUCCGACGUCUGCGGGUCCUGUUCCCCGCGCACGAGCCAAGGAUAUGGAUAUCCCGUCGCCCGUCCAGGCUGUAUCCCUGUCGUCUGCCCAGGCUCAAGCGCAGGGACCAAAUGGACAAGGACAGGGACAAGGGCAAGCACAAGCACAAGGAGGGCAGCCGAGUUUGCCCAAGGCAGCGACGCAUCGCCGGUCUCAUAGUUUAAGCCAAAAGCCACGCGGGUUCGAGGGCGAGCAAGGUGCGCGCAGUGCGGGUCCUGUGGUGGGCACGUUUAGGCAGGCCGAGCGGAUCAGGGAGGAAAGGGAGGAGAGGGAUAGCGGGGAUGGGUCCAGGCCCACUGACGAUGAUGCCGCUGGCCAAGCUGCCGAACUCGGAGUUCUCCCUCCGCCCGUACCCGAACUGCAGACCCCGCGCGCAUCGAGUCUUGCCCGCCGUUUUGGCUCCCUGCUCGGCGGGACGGCCGCGUCCAAGCGCGUUUCGUCGCUCAUGGACCGCGACAUCGACACCGACGCCAAGUCCGCCAAGUCCGCCGACGUCCCGCACUCGACGCCCAUUUCGUCCGGGAUGGUCCCGAGCCCGAGCGUAGGCAGCCACCGACGCGCAGCGACCGUCACCGACUCGUCAGUCUCGCCCGCACGUAAACAUGAACGCCGCGGGAGCAUGCAUUCGCCGAUUCCGACCCGGACCAAUACGGCGAAUACGAUGCCCGACGUGUUGGAGCGGCCCAAGACGGCCGGGGACGGGUUUGGGAAAAAGGCCGAGCCCAAGGAGGAGGUUAAAGAGGAGAAUCAGGAGGGUGGGAAGGAGGAUGCCAAGCCUGUUUAUCUCAAAGGACUUUUCAGUGUGGCUACGACGUCGACGAAACCCGCGAAUGUGAUCAAAGCGGACAUUAAGCGCGUCUUGGACCGGAUGCAAGUCCAGCACCGCGAGAUUCGAGGCGGGUUCGAGUGCAUCCAUGUCCCCUCGAUCGAUCUCAGUUCGUUGUCGACGGCUGCGACGGGCGAAGAGUCUCGUCGGACGAUUGUGCGCAAAAGCAGUCGACUGUCGUUUGGGAAAAAGGGCGAGCGGGACGAAAAGAGGCCUAUUCCUCCGCCCAUUGUCCAGACUGACGAGAAGAAGUCUGCAGUGGAAGACAAGAAGCCCGAAGACAAGGAGAAAGACAAGGAGGGCCCGCCGAGUCGGUCCAGUUUAUCGUUUACGCCCAAGGCUGCCAACGAUGGACGCACGACCCCGACUGCGCCCGCGAGCGGAGCCGUGUCCCCCACCGCGCCCAGUCCGAGCAGGACCAAGUUUUUGCCCCCCAUCCCCCGGGACUUUGCGGAGAAGCAAGCUGCGGCGGCGGGAGGGGUUGUCGAGGCGCCCGAGGAUAUAUGGGAGAACGGGACGACGAAUGAUUUGUGUGUCCGGUUCGAGAUUAGUAUCGUUAAAGUCCCGUUGUUACCGUUGCAUGGUAUCCAGUUCCGACGUGUGGGCGGAGACGGAUGGCAAUACCAGAUGCUCGCGAGGCGAGUCUUGACCGAGUUGAAGCUGUGA